GCCAUUUGCUUGAUGAUUCAAGCUCUGCUCUUAAUUUUGCAAAUACUUAGGUCCAUUAUUGCCCCACAUGGUGUUCUGACCGUAUGUGCAUGGACAUUGUAUAUGGGAAAAUAAACAUGAAAAACCAAUGCUGUGACACUCUUUGGUUAUACUAGCUGUAUUUCAGACAGCAUAGUAAGAACACCAUUGUGCAUCUUCUGGACUCGGCUUUCCGUUUUGUGUUUGUAUUUGUAUGACUCGCCAAAUCAGAACACUGACUGAAAAAGGUAUGGCUCUUUUUGAGGAGAAAGUCGCAGAUUUUCAAAAGAGACUUAAACAGAAAUAUUCAGAAAUAUCUGUCAUAUUGGGCGAGGAAAUUUCAACAGAUAUAAGUGUGGUAAAAUUGAAUCAGCAUGAAGAAAACUUGAAGAUAUUAUUCGAAACAUACAAAAAUACGGUUCAAACUCUUGAUACGUUUCUUGACGCUACCAAAACUGACCAAAGUCGCAAAUUACAAGGUGAACUUAGAAAACAUUUUGACCAUCAAAAUGAUGAAGUGAAUGAAUUUUUGUCUUUAAUUGAAAUUACUAAGCAGCAGUUACUUGAAAAAUUAAUGAAAAGCUGUCGUGUAUCACCAAAACCAAGUUCACCAGACGUUUUAAGUGAUAUCACCUCUUAUAUGCUGAAAAAGAACUCAUUGUUUCGAGAAUCGUUACUUUCAGUGACUCCGCAGAAAAUUACUUAGGUUGGAAAUCUACAUUCAAAAACGUCAUAAAUGAAUUGAGUGUAAACCCUGCUGAAGAAAUUGACUUAUUAAUAAAAUGGUUAGGCCCUGAAUCACGUAAAUAUGCAACUUCACUUAAAUCGGUCUAUAUUAAACAUCCAGAUGAAGGUAUAAAGAAAAUUUGGCAGCGCCUUGAUGAAAGGUAUGGAUCUCCAGAAGCAGUCUACCAGAUUGUUUUGAAAAAACUUGAAAAAAUUUCAAAGUUAAACUCAUCUGAUACAACCAAAUGGUACGAUUUGGCUGAUAUUCUGUCAGAAAUUGAUGCUUUAAAGAAUGACAUGGCGUAUUCAACUGCCCUGGCUUGUUUUGAUUCAUCCGUUGGUAUUAUGCCAGUUGUCGCAAAACUGCCAUCUAAUCUACAAGAAAGGUGGGCAACGAAGGUGUACCACUACAAGGAGGCUCACUCUGUGCUUUAUCCUCCCUUUGGUGAAUUUUGUAAAUUCAUUAACGAGCAGUCUAAAAUCCGUAAUGAUCCCAGUCUUCUCCAGGCCGGACCUACUCACAGUCCUGGCCAGUCUAGUCAAAGCAACAUAGGUACGAGAUACCGAAGGCCAGUGGUAACCAGAAAAACAGAUGUAUUUAGUGAAAAUUCUAGAAAUCUUGAAAAAUAUUGUUUACUACAUAGAAGUAAUCAUAGUUUGAACAAGUGUCGUUUGUUCAAAUCAAUAUCGUUCGAAGAAAGAAAAAAAUUCUUGAGUGAUCAGAAAAUUUGUUUCAGAUGUUGCGAAUCAAACAAGCAUCGUGCUAGUAAUUGUAAGGUUAAUAAUGUAAAGUGUGAUUGCGGUAGCACAAGUCAUCCUGGUGCAAUGCACAUUGAUCAACAGCAAAGAGGUGUUAGAGAUAAUUCACAACAAAUUGAAAUGCAGAUGAUUCCUAGACAUGAGCAACAGGAUGGCGGGGAGAGAAAGUCUCAAGUGAACAAUAGUUGUACACAAAUUUGUAAAAAUGAUUUCGCUAAAUCAUGUACCAAACUUGUAGUAGUAAAUGUUUGUAGAACUGAUAAUCCAUGUAAAACUGUUAGAUGCUAUGCAAUGAUAGAUGAUCAAAGCAAUCCUUCAUUAGCAAAACCAGAGUUGUUUGAUAUGUUGAAUAUCACUAGUCAAAAAUUUAAAUACACAAUUAAUUCUUGUGCAGGUUCCCGUGUUACACACGGUCGCCAUGCCAGUGAUUAUGAUUUAGAGUUCUUAGACUUGAUGGAUAAAGGGUUCCGUAAAACUUCAGAUGGUAGAUGGAGUGCAACCCUACCCUUUCGGUCUUCUAGGUCAUGUCUUCCAAAUAAUAGAACAGAUGCUAUGCGUAGAGCUAAAUCCCUUCAUUUUAACUUGAUGAAAAAUCCUGUCAAGAGAAACCUUAUGGUUGAAUUUAUGGCCAAGAUAUUUCAUAAGGGUCAUGCUGAAGUUGCCCCUCCACUUUCUGAUAAUGAGGAAUGCUGGUACUUGCCAGUGUUUGGAGUUUUCCAUCCAAAGAAACCAGAUCAGAUAAGAGCAGUAUUUGAUUCUUCUGCUCAGUUUCAGGGUGUUUCCUUGAAUUCAGUCCUGUUAAGUGGGCCUGACCUGAUAAACAACUUGGUAGGUGUUCUUAUGAGGUUUAGAACAGAGCUGGUUCCUGCAAUAGCUGACAUUGAACAAAUGUUUUAUUGUUUCUUGGUAGAGGAGAAACAUAGAAAUUUUCUUAGAUUUCUGUGGUACAAAGAUAAUGACCCAAGUAAAGAAAUGAUAGAGUACCGAAUGACCGUACAUGUUUUUGGCAACAGUUCGUCACCGGCAGUUGCAAUAUAUGGUUUACUUAGAACAGUUGAGAAUUCAGAACCUGAUGUUCAACAUUUUGUGCGUAAGAACUUUUACGUAGAUGAUGGUCUCACGUCAAAGUCGUCCCCAGGUCAAAUAGUAGAUCUUAUCAAAAGAACUCAGAAAGAUUUAGGUGCCUGUGGCCUACGGCUUCACAAAAUUGCAUCUAGUAAUGUAGAGGUUAUGCGUAGUUUUGAAGCUGAUGAUCUGGCUAAAGACAUGAAAUGUCUUGACUUCGAAAGUGACAUGAUGAUGUUACCACUUCAGCGUAGCUUAGGCGUUAGUUGGAAUCUUGAGCUCGAUUGUUUCACAUUUAAAGUGGAAAGCUCUGGUCAACCCUUCACGAGACGCGGUAUUUUGGCCACAGUGAACAGUUUGUUUGACCCGCUAGGUUUUCUGUCACCUUUUACUAUUAUUGGAAAGUUGAUUCUUAGGGACAUAGUGUCUGAGAAAUGUGAUUGGGAUCAACCGGUGCCCUGUAGUAUUGAGAGAAGAUGGAUAGAGUGGAAACAUUGUUUAGACAUACUCAGUAACUUGAAAAUUCCACGCAGUUAUUUCAGUAUCAGUCUUAGUGAGAUCACUCAUUUGACACUCCAUGUGUUUUCUGAUGCUUCAGAACAAGCUAUAGCAGCUGUAGGUUACAUAGUAGGUCGUACACCUUCUAACAUCUGUGUAGGGUUUGUGAUGGGCAAGUCUAAGGUAGCUCCCACUAAAGGUCAUACUAUUCCUCGUCUUGAGCUCUGUGGAGCUGUGUUAGCCACAGAAAUUUCCCAGUCCAUUACUGAUCAGAUAGGAUUAAAGUUUGACAAGAUCAAAUACUACACGGAUAGUAGAAUAGUAUUGGGUUAUAUUCACAAUCAGUCAAGACGUUUCCACACAUAUGUAAGUAAUCGUGUCCAUAAAAUUAGACGUGUUAGUGAGCCUAGUCAGUGGAAUUACGUGCCCUCUGAACAAAAUCCUGCAGAUGUAGGAAGUAGAGGUGUUAGUCCUGUUGCUUUGCAAAAACGUGAUUGGUUUUCAGGUCCAGAUUUUCUUCAUAAACAUACCGAGUCAGUUCCAGAGUUUUUCCCUGUAGUAGAUCCCGAAACUGACAAAGAGAUACGACCCAGUGUAUCUGUCAAUGCUGUUAGUAUUCAGGAAUCAGAUAUGCUUAAUAGUAAGAAAUUUGAGCAGUUUUCCACAUGGUCAAAAUUGGUUUUGGCUAUUUCUGUACUUAGACAUGUAGCUGUGUCCUACAAUAGGAGUUUAACCUGCCGUGGUUGGCAUUCCGAUUGUUUGGCUUCGAAAGAUUUAGAGUUCCGAAAACAAACUGAGUCUUUCAUCCUUAAGAUAGUUCAAAAAGAGUUCUAUAGUAAUGAGAUUCAAUGUUUGAAAGGUCAGCAUAACCUUAACAAGGAUUCUCCCAUUUUGACCCUAGAUCCAUUUCUAGAUAACAAUGGAAUUCUAUGUGUAGGAGGUCGCUUGAGUAACAGUGCACUGUCUGAUCAUCAGAAACACCCUGUUAUAGUCCCUGGAAAACAUUAUGUUGCUAGGCUUUUAGUUGGUCAUUUUCACAGUCUAGUUAAACACCAAGGUCGUCAUUUAACAGAAAGUGCUGUCAGAGAUGCAGGCUUUUGGGUUAUAGGUGGUAAGCGGUUAGUCACCUCCCUGAUUUUUCAGUGCGUCACAUGUAAAAAACUUAGAGGCAAAUUUUUAGGGCAAAAGAUGUCUAAUCUUCCUGUUGAUAGGGUCCAACAAGCUGCCCCUUUUACUUACGUAGGUGUUGAUGUGUUUGGCCCUUGGUCAUUGGUUUCCAGGCGAACUCGUGGUUGGCAAGCAAGUUCAAAAAGAUGGGCAGUAUUGUUCACUUGCCUUGCCAUUAGAGCAGUCCACAUAGAGGUUAUUGACGAGAUGUCUUCGUCAUCUUUCAUUAACGCCCUACGUAGGUUUGUUUCUCUAAGGGGGGCUGUAAAACAGUUUCGAUCAGAUCGUGGCACAAAUUUUGUCGGUGCAACAGAUUUUCUUGGCAUAGAGGCAAUAAAUGUUGAGGAUAGCCCCAUGAGGAAUUUCACACAAUCACAAGGUUUUCAGUGGGUCUUCAACCCUCCUCAUGCGUCACACAUGGGUGGUUCUUGGGAGAGGUUAAUUGGGAUAGCUCGUAGAAUCUUAGAGUCAAUGAUAAGGACAGUCACUACUUUAACACAUGAUGUGUUGGUCACCCUCAUGGCCGAGAUUACUGCCAUAAUCAAUUCCCGACCACUUGUUCCAGUUUCUAACGACCCAGAUAAUCCAGAAGUAUUAAGUCCUUCUAUGUUACUUACUUCUAAGGUUGUGUAUGAUACCAUUUGUGUGGGUGAUCUAGAUGUUAAGUCCCUUUAUGGUGUACAAUGGAAAAGGGUCCAGUACCUUGCUGAGCAAUUCUGGGGUAAAUGGAGAAGAGAGUAUUUGAAUACUCUACAAAAUCGUAGGAAAUGGAAUUAUGAACAACAACCUCUCUGUGUAAAUGACAUUGUUUUGCUUAAGGACAGAGAUGUGAACAGAAUUUCAUGGCCUAUGGCCAGAGUUACUAGAGUUUUUCCAAGUAAGGAUGAAAAAAUUCGUACAGUACAAAUCAUUGUGUUUAAUGAUGGAAAACAGAGUACAUAUGUAAGGCCUGUUCAUGAACUUAUUCUCCUUGUAAAAGCAGAAAAGUAG